CAGCUGACCGCACACGAGUACCGCCCUCCUCCUCCUCCUUCCUCCGAAGCAUCAUCUACUGCUACACGGAAGCAACACAUGCACAUUUGCUGACUUCUCCCUCUUCUGGGUGACAACACACGGGAGACACCUGCACUUUUGUUUUGUUUUGUUUUUUCCUUUUUUUUAUGUAUGUGUGUUUGUGUUAAACAAACCAAGUGCAUCGCAUUUUUUGGGUGGGGAGGAGGAGGAUAUAGCAACAGAAGUGCAAAAUGUUGCUCGAACACCCGGGAUCAAGUUGUCAGAAUAACGCCAAUUUUCCCCGCUACAGCGCAGGCCAAGACAUCCCAGUGUGUGCAGGCUGCAACCAGCACAUCGUGGACCGCUUCAUCCUCAAAGUGCUGGAGCGCCACUGGCACAGCAAGUGCCUGAAAUGCGCAGACUGCCACACUCAGCUGGCUGACAAGUGCUUCAGCCGGGGAGACAGCGUCUACUGCAAGGAUGACUUCUUCAAGAGAUUUGGCACCAAAUGCGCGGCGUGUCAGCAGGGCAUCCCGCCCACGCAGGUGGUGAGGCGGGCCCAGGACUUCGUUUACCACCUGCACUGCUUCGCCUGCAUCGUGUGCAAGCGGCAGCUGGCCACGGGAGACGAGUACUACCUGAUGGAGGACAGCCGGCUGGUGUGCAAGGCUGACUACGAGACCGCCAAACAGAGAGAAGCCGACUCAACUGCAAAAAGGCCCCGAACGACCAUUACGGCCAAGCAGCUGGAGACCCUGAAAAACGCCUACAAUAAUUCUCCCAAGCCGGCCCGCCACGUGCGUGAGCAACUCUCCUCCGAGACGGGCCUGGACAUGAGGGUCGUGCAGGUUUGGUUCCAGAACCGGCGGGCCAAAGAGAAGAGGCUAAAAAAAGACGCUGGGCGCCAGAGGUGGGGUCAAUAUUUCAGGAACAUGAAGAGGUCGCGUGGUAGCUCCAAGUCAGACAAAGACAGCAUCCAAGAGGAAGGCAUGGACAGCGACGCCGAGGUGUCCUUCACAGGUACGACUCAAUUGCUCAGUUUCACUCCAGGGAAGACGUUGCAAGAACCAAACCACAUCUUGUCUUUUCGGGUACCUGAAACAGAUGAACCUCCCAUGUCUGAGCUCGGCCACAGCAACGGCAUGUACGGCAGCAACUCCCCAGCCAUGGGGGCCCGCCAAGGGGGCAACAACCACGCCUCCUUCCCUUUGGAGCACGCCGCCUUGCCCUCGCAAGAGCAAUUUCACGACAUGCGUUCCAACAGCCCCUACGGCCUAGCCCAGUCGCCGGGGUCCCACCCGGCGCUACCUCGGCACCAGCCGCUCAUCACCGGCCUUGUCUACCCUGAGUCGGGCCUAUCCAUCAUGACCCAAGGUGGGGGGAUAAACCCCGCCGUCAGGGUUUCCAUCGGUUCUGCCAACGGCCCAAGCUCGGACCUCUCCACCGGCAGCAGCGGCGGAUACCCGGAUUUCCCCGCAAGUCCCGCCUCCUGGUUGGACGAAGUCGACCACGGACAGUUCUGAUCGCUUGAUUCUAAGAAACGGGACUUACUUUGAUGAUCUUGGUUUUUUUUUUGUCUUCUGUUUGAACUAUGGACUCAAUAAAUAAGACUUGGUUUGUAUGGCAGACCGGUGGGAACUUGGGAACUUGGAAAUCAGCAGGAUCUCAUCAUCACUUUCGUUUGGAUGGAGGAGAAAAAUCCUUCGUAAAAAGCACUUGGCCUGAUAUUGUAUGUAGUGUUCAUUUCCAGGUAUCGAUGUCUUAGGGACAAUAUGAAGACUGAGAAUUAAGCAUCUCUUGACUCCUCCUACUGCUUUUAAGUUGUUGUUGUCUGCAGUGCGUUCAGGUGCAAAAGUCUGUAAACGUCUGGUUG